AUGAUGUGGAGAACCCGCUGUCGCUCCAGGACAAUCUGUCUGUCCUUGGCCUUCGUCGCCAUUUUCCUCCACCUCCUCUUGGCGUUGGUGUCCUUGCCCGUUUACCAGCAGCUCUGUGCCCCCCCGCUGCCCCCCAGGACCCUGACGGACCGGGUUCACAGCAACUACGCCUCUGUGGGGGUCCGUGAGCCUCCAACCGAGGGUGGUGUUUCUGACGUAUCAGUGAAAGGAGGUAAAAAAGCCUCAUUGGACGUGCCGGUCAGCGUUGGUCACCAUGGCGACAACGGAGCUGAAGCCGGGGAGUCUGGGCUGUCGAAGCUGGAGGCGCUGUUUGACCAUCCUCUUUACAACAUGCCCAGCGCUCCGAUACCCGAGGAGGACUGGCUGCUGAAAGUGAAACCAAAGAUCAAGGCCAGUGAGAGGAGCUCCAACAUGUGGAUGAGUGCGAGUCAGGAGGCCUACGAGGACGUCCAGUGGAACAGCAGCAGUAACAGCCAUCCUCCUUGGCUGCGUUUCCACCUGGGCGUCUCCCGCUGGCAGCUGUACUCCCACCAUGACCCCAACAUGGAGCCGCUGACCCAGCAGCUCGCCAACGACCGCAUCGUCAGCGCAGUGCAGAAGUCCGGAGGGACGCAACUGAAGCUGGUGAUGUCAUUUCCCAACUACGGACGAGCCAUGUUCAAACCCAUGAAGCAGGAGAGAGAUGAAGAAACCAACUACAACCUCUAUUACUUCUCAGACUUUGAGAGACACAACGCAGAGAUCGCAGCCUUUCACCUGGACAGGGUUCUGGGUUUCAGGAGGGUCCCACCGGCUGUAGGGAGGCUGGUGGAUGUGGUGAAGGAGGUCAAGGACGUCACCACCGACCACAAGCUGGCCAAGACCUUCUUCACCUCCCCUGUGGGCAGUGUGUGUUUCUACGGCCAGUGUUCCUACUACUGCUCCACGGAGCACGCCGUGUGUGGACGCCCCAGACGCCUGGAGGCCUCCCUGGCCGUCAUGCUGCCCGACCUGUCCCUGGCGCCCCGGAGGACCUGGAGGUCGCCGUGGAGACGCUCCUACAGCCGCAGCAAGCUGGCAAAGUGGGAGUCAGAUCCAGACUACUGUUCCACGGUGACAAAGACCCCCCCCUACGACAAAGGCACCCGACUGGUGGACUUCAUGGACAUGGUCAUACUGGACUUCUUGAUGGGUAACAUGGACAGACACCAUUAUGAAACCUUUGAGAAGUUUGGCAACAGCACCUUCCUCGUACACCUUGACAACGGAAGAGCAUUUGGGCGUCACUCCAAAGACGAGCCCUCCAUCCUGGCUCCUCUGGAACAGUGCUGCAGGAUCCGUCGCUCCACCUUCCUCCGCCUCCGUCUUCUGUCCCUGUCUCCGUACCGUCUCAGUGACGUGAUGAGGGCCUCCCUCUCCACCGACCCCCUUCACAGCGAGGCUCCGCUGCUGUCGGAGCUCCACCUCUCCGCUCUGGACCGCCGUCUGAAGACCGUCCUGGAGACGGUGGGUCGAUGCCAGGGGAGACGAGCAGGAGGAGGUGGUGAGGUCAUCUAUGACGACAUGGUGACUCCUGCUGGGUAG